CCACCUUCACAUUUAGAACUAGGCACGAUUUCAUUCAAAUAUCUAAAAGCCCAAAGUAUUCAGAAUUCUGAACCCAAACCCACACAAAAAUAGCCUCAAAGUUCAGAAACAUCUGGAACCUUCUAUCUUUCCAAUUUCCAGUGACCCCUUGUAAGAAUUGGAGCAGAAAACAAAUGGAUUAGACUGAAAACUUCCACCGAGAGUCACCGUUUAAAAAAUGGCGGUAAUCUCAUUCUCUCUCCUCCGCCACCACGCGUCACCGUAUCUAGCUCCUCCCACCACCGCCACCUUCCUCCUUCUCCGACGCCGAUUCUCUCCCCUCACCACUACAAUUGUUUGCAGAAACAUCCAUGACAAAAGCAAGCAAGCUCAAUCAAACGCGCUCAAGGCGGCGCGUGAAUUCACACGCACCAAACACACACAAUCUUCUCUUUCCUCACUCUCGAAACCUCAGAGUCUCUCUCCUAAUCAAGCCGUAGGAACUGUAGCUUCAGCUCAAGCCAACUUCAUGCGCGUUGUUGUACAAUCCACUCCUCCUCCAGAAGAAGAAGACUCUGGAGCUUCCGAGAUGGAGAAUACGCACAUUCCAGAAGGUUCUGGCGGAAUUGAGCUUCUAUGCGUGGUGAGAGCCGUGUUGAAGAAGAUUAAGCGGAGGGUUUUAGUAGGGGAUAGGGUUUUGGUAGGGUCAAUUGAUUGGGUGGAUCGCCGGGGCAUGAUAGAGAAUGUGUUUCCUCGGAAGUCGGAGAUUCCUGACCCUCCGAUUGCGAAUGCUGAUCAUUUUCUGGUGGUGUUCUCGCUGGAUCAGCCUAAGGUUGAGCCGUAUUCGUUAACUAGGUUUUUGGUUGAGGCUGAGUCUGCUGGAUUUCCUCUCACUCUUGCUCUGAACAAAUGCGAGCUCGUUCGCGAUGAGGUUCUGGUUGAGUGGAAAACUAGGCUUCGUCAGUGGGGAUACAUACCCAUAUUUUGCAGCGUUGAGUCAAAACGCGGACUUGAUUCCCUCGCAUUUUACUUGAGAGAUAGGACAACAGUGAUUGUUGGUCCAAGUGGUGUUGGGAAGUCCAGUCUGAUUAAUGCCUUGCGAAGCACUGAUCAAACCCCCACCCUUAUGGAAGACGGUAGCUUGUUUGAUCAUAUUUCAGGCAGCAAAUGGUUUGACGAGCAGCGAGUUGGAGAAGUUUCUGCUAGAAGUGGAAGAGGGAAACACACAACUCGAAACGUAUCUUUGCUACCAUUAGCUGGAGGUGGAUAUCUAGCUGAUACCCCAGGUUUCAGCCAACCUAGUCUAAUGAAGGUGACAAAACAGACCCUCGCACAGGCAUUCCCUGAGAUCCAGAAAAAACUGGAAGCAAACAAACCUAAAGGAUGCACAUUCAACAAUUGCUUGCACAUUGGUGAACCUGGAUGUGUGGUAAAUGGAGAUUGGGAGAGAUAUCCGUAUUACUUUCAACUACUGGAUGAAAUUAAAGUAAGGGAGGAAUUCCAACUAAGAACAAUGGGCACGAAGAGGGAGGGCGACGUAAGGAACAAGGUGGGAGAAAUGGGUGUGACACUAUCUGAGCCAAGACUGGAGUCAAAGAAGCACAGGAGACAAUCUCGCAAGAAAGUGAACCAGUCUUUGUUAGACGACUUGGAUGAGCUGGAUGAUGAUGAUGAUGAUGACGAAUACUUGGAAGAUAAUCCUAUAAUCCGUGCUAUGGAGCAAGAAAACUUGUAGGAUAUUGAAGAUGAAGCAUUUGAAUAGGGAGAUGAUGAUGACAUCUUACUUUGUUUAGACUGUUUUGAGGAUAUUGAAGGGGAGGAAAAGUUUUGAACCCUUGUAUUUUGCUCCUUUCUUGUAAAUAGUGAAUCACUAAAGCAAAAUACUUGUAUAGAUAAAUCUUUGGGGUCAAUUUAGUUGCUGAUUAUGUUGAAAUGAGUUACAUAUUUGAUAUUCUUGGAUUAUGUGAAUAUAUGACAUUGGCUUGUUGCCUGAAAUUUA